UCAUAACCUCCAAUACACAGCACCCACAGGAACAUGAACCCCCUCAGCAAAUAAUUAUUCCUCAUACCCCACGAAAAUGAAAAUUCAAAAACUGAAGUCCAGACCCAGCAACGAAUUUCAAAUACUUGAUGGGUUUGAAGUUGAAGAGAAUGUUGACGAAUCAAUGAUUAUCGAAGAAGCUCCCCUGAAUGAGGACUGGCAGACUAUAGAAGCGGUGGGCCACGAACACAGGAUCUGCACUUCCAAGAAAGCGAAAAGGUCUUCCCUGAAGAGAAAAGCUGUUUUCAACCCAGUGGCCAUCAAACAAUCAGCAAAAGCCCUCUUAUGCACUUAUGCCCGUUCACUGUUCCCAAAUGUCGAAGAGAGUACAACCCGUCGAAAGAAUAAAAUUCUUCGUGAUUUCCUGACAAACGAGCCUGCUGAAAAUCCCCCGGCCACCAUCACAACCUGUCGAACGAUCGUUCCCGACGAGAUUCGCCAGAAGAAACGAAGAAGGAGAAAUAAAAAAAUCGCAGAGACCUCGGAGUCCAAACCACCAGAUUCAGAGGAACAAUCAGACCCUGAUGUCUCCAUAAACUUGAACGACACAUCGCACCAGAACGAAUCUAGUCUUUCCCACGAGAAUCCAGCAGAUUGGACUCUCGAUACAUCACAGAUUCCAGAGGCCUCCCAGCUCCCCCAUUUCUACAGUCUUCGUGACAAAGUAAUUUGCGUCAUCGAGCCUGAGAGUCGAUUCUCGUUCCAAGGGAAACUGAGGGUUCAGGUUCUGUACGGAGCUGUGAAGGUUUACGGUGCAGUACUGAAUAAAGAAAACACAGAUCCUCCAGUGGAGAUUUACUCAUCGAGAGGUACCAGUCUAGUCUUCAUCGAGUCCGCACCCCAGAAGAAUUCAGGGAAUAUUGCUGAUGUGUGGACAGCUCUGAGCAACGACAACAUCGACCAGAACAUCACCAACGACUUGCAGAGACACGUGAAUAGUCUAGAAGCUGGAUGGGCUGUCGUGAGACUCCAGAACCUGGAGAACAAUUUAACAAAUUUUUUGGGCAACUUUUCGACUCACAGACUCUUUCCCAAACUCGAUGAUGUGUCCAACUACUCCUGGUCAGACCCAAAACGAGCAGAAGUUGUGUUGCAGGCUAAUGUAUACUCUGGAAGUGCUGGGAAACAGACGAUUGGGUUUCGCAGAACUGAUGGGACCUUCGAGGAAAUUUCUAAACGCUGUGUUGAGGACAAUUCUGGCCUGAGGAUUGUUCUCGCUGGGGGAAAGAACGUCGGGAAGUCGACCACAGGACGAUAUUUCGUCAACAAGUUGCUGGAGACGUUUGAGGCUGUGGUUUUCGUUGAUUUAGAUAUAGGCCAGGCUGAGUUCACACCUCCUGGGUGUAUAUCCUUGAAUGUUAUCAAGCGUCCUCUGCUGGGGCCGAACUUCACUCAUCUCAAGGCUCCUUAUCAUCAAUUGUACGUUGGGGGUGUUGAUGCUAGUAAAUAUCUCACAAAUUACAUUGAGGGAGUGAGGCAAUUGACGGAGUUCCUGAAUGAGUGCGAGGAGGUCAGGGGGCUGCCUGUGGUUGUCAACACCAUGGGGUUCUGCAGGGGACUGGGGUGGGACAUCAUGUGCUGUGUUGUUAAACGACUUCGCCCCACUGAUGUCGUUCAGAUCACUUCCAAGAAUAAGAAGAAUAACUAUGAUCAGUUGUUGGCUUGCGAAUUGGUGAAUCGUCAGAAUCCCACCUGGAAGGGCAGUUCAAUUGCAAUGGUAGCUGCACACCCCCCACUGAAUUAUGAACUCCACGUAGUGGAUACUGAAGCUGAAUCGAGGAAUCCCACUGAAGAACUGUGGAACAUCGAGCCCUAUCAACAAAGGGAAAUCGUUAUGCUCGCCUACUUGAGUGACAUUUUGAAACCCAAAAGAGGACUGCAGGACUUUACGAGUAUAAACGAAGUGGUCCCAUACGAGGUACCAUUUUCCGCAGUGAGCAUAUCUCUUGGGACACCAGUCGUUCCACAGAUUCUCUCAGUUAUGAAUGGCAACAUCGUAGCAAUGUGCGGUAUUGAUUCACAAAAUGAAAAUACAGAACCGAGAAAAGUUGGGUAUCCCAAGGUGAUGAUCAGGGCUCCUCCAUCCGUCUGCCAUGGUUUCGGUAUUCUACGAGGUGUUGACAUGACGAAUGAGAAACUGUACAUCAAUACUCCACUCUCAUUAUCUAAAUUGAAACACGUCAAUUGCUUGAUUGGAGCCCUUCCAGUGCCUUCCGGUUUGUUACAGUUAAGCAGCCCAGGCUUACCAUAUGUCGGUGAUAACCCCGAGUUACCUACCAGUCGUGACUCAAGAAGAGGAUACUUCCGUAUGAGGCAUCGUCAUGAUAUUUCGAUUUAGUUCACGUUUUUGUUUUCAAGCAAUUCACUUGAGCCUUCGUCAUUCGAAUUCCAGGUUUUUUAUACGAUGUUGAUAAUUAUUUUAUUUGUUCUGAUUUUAAGAGGGUUUUGGAUCAAUUAAGGGGGCAGGGAUGUCACACUGCUGUUUUCAAGUACCACAAGUAUUUUAAUUUUUUUCAAUUUCGUUAUGCAAAAAAAUCAUGAAACAUUGUGAUGAAAUUAUCAUUUUUUAGUGACAAAUUUUUUAUUCAAAAAAAGGACUUGAGUGAUUUUAAAUUGCAUAUGAUCGAUUUCGAUAGGUCAUCCAUAUUUUCAAAAAUAUCGUUUCGGUUUUUUUUGCUAUCGAAAAUCGUAAUUUUUCGUUUUUUUUUAACUUGUAAAAACCUCAGAAGUCCUUCAAUUUUCAACAUUUUUCGAUGAAUUUAUUUUUGUUUACUCCCUAUAAACCUUCGGAAUAUCGAUCGUAUUGACUUUGAAAUUAAUCAGUUCCUCUUAUCAAAUAAAAAAAAGAAUGUUACUGAAAAAUGAAAAUUCCGUGAUAUUUCAUGCCUACACUUUUUAAAAAUAAAAAAUAAAUCUAAAAAAACACCGAAUUUUGCCAUCACACAGUGGUGAGACCCCCCUUAGUACUAGCGGAUGAUAAACUGAGGUUUCAGAGAAAAUAACGCAUUUUCCUCUUUUUCGUUUUAUCAAAAAUUCAUGACAAUUUGAAAAAAAAUCAUCAACAGAUAACAAAUUUUAUUUUUUGAAGUAGUUAACAACGCGAUGAUUCAUCACAUCACGAAGACAAUUAUAAGAUUUUCAUUUGACAAGCAAGUUGCUAAAUUCAUAAUUUCGAAAACAAUCGUCAUUUUUUUUCAAAGUUAUCAUCAGAACAGCAAUACCAUGAUUAUUUUUGUUGCAUUACGUCUUGCCCUCGAGCCCCAGUUAACAGAAUUUUGUUUUCCCGUGAAAUUAUCUAGUUAUUAAAAUCGCGGAAGUGAAUACCGAAUCAUCGUGCAAAACUACAUGAAACACGUGCCUGAGUUGAAAUACUAUGGUUCUCGAUUAACGUGAGCCAUCAAUUUAUCAUUCGUAAUAGUUGACAGACCUGUAAUGAACGUAUCCACCCACGCGUGUUACUCCAAACGUCCGACGUAACUUUUGAGGAUAUAAUCAUUCCUCAGAUAUUCUUGGAAAUAUUAAAAACUGACACUGAAAUAUCUCGUAUCAUUUUAAUAUUUUAUACUGCAAACUCAUUAUUAAAAAAAAAUUCU